AUGGCGACGCUGAACAUUGCCAAGAUCGUGCUUGACAAGGACAGUUGGGAGAACAUACCUCCCAUGGUUUUCAAAUCAUUCCAAGCCACUGCUGCCAACAUGAAUGGCAUCAAAAAGUGGGCAGAUGUGUACGAAGGGCGAGCGAAGAGCCAGAGUGAGUUCAUGACCAAAUACGAGGACAAGCUGGCAACAUUGGAGCACAGCCUGGGAGCUCUGCAGGAACGUGUAGAGACCAUCACGCAGGACAUGACUGCCGCCUCUGAACUUGGGAGGCAGCAAGCCAUGACUUGUGCUGGUGGGUUUCAGCGUAUGGAACGAUGUAUGGCAGCGAUGUUUAGACAUUUCAGUCGGAUCUUUGGGGUUAAGAUGGAUCUUCUUGAACAUGAAGAUGCCGAAGGUGCUGGAAAGCCCGCCCAUCCAGAGACAGAGGGCGCUGACUUGCCACCUGGCAUUGCCAUCAUGCAGGCCAGUGGAACAAGUCUGGAAAGCGAACUUGGCAGUCUGGAGCUAGCAUUCCAAAAAUGGGAAGAAAUGCAAGCUGAAGACCGACAUCGUCACGAAUCCGUUCAUUCUGCAAUUGAGGAGUUGCGCAGUGUCUCCGAAAGAUCCAAUGAAAGGAUACUGUCCUGGCGGGAGCUCCUCAAGGAAAGUUCCCAUGCUAUAGACUCCUUGGGUGGAGCACUGGCUCAGAUGCAGACAGCAGUGCAGGAGCUGCAUGCAACUCGCGUGCAGCAUCAUGACGUGGAGUCGGCCGUGCGACAGAAGGGCGAGGAGCUGGAAAGCCUGCACAGAUUGACGGAGCAGAGCAUGGACAAGCUUUGCCGUCGUGUGGAGGAUCACGUAUCGGAAGUGCAGCGCCUCAUUGUAGAGAUCAGCCGUCAAACCGACGACAGAAUUGAAGACCACAGCAACCAGGUUGCAAAGAUGGUGGAGGGUCACAUGAAUCCCCUCAAUGCAUAUUUGAACACGAUGCACGUGAAAACUGAUGUCAUGAGAGUUGACAUCGACAAGCUAAGAGACCAGGCUCCGCGAUUGGUUUCCAAAAUCGAGGAGAUCUUCACCAAGCUGACCGAAGUUGACAAGGAGCACAAGUCCAAGGGCUCGGAUCUCGAUUCUGCCAUCGACGGGUUGUCAAAUCAGAUUGCAGCCCAUGCCCAGCGACAUGAUGAGCAGCACAUGGACCUGAGCACGGUGCUCCAGGACAUGUCCGACAGCGUGGACAUGCGCAUCUCCGAGAUUCGGACCUGUGCCGAGAGCACAGCCGAGUCCUUGGAUCUGGUCAAGCGAGAGGAUCUCAGCGGCUUGGCAAGAGAACUUUUGACUCUUGACCAGAAGGUGGCAAAGUGGGUUCAUGCAACUCCACUGCCGGCAAAGAUCAGCGAGGCUCGUCUCUACUCUCUGGAAGCUCGCCUUGCAGACGAGAUGGAUGCCCGGCCCGCUGUCUCAGUAUCCCAUGUGGCACGGAAUGCUGUACCUGCUUUAGUGUGCCCCUGA